AUGGCUUAUCAAUCGAUUGACUGGGUGCCUACAGAGAAGAAGAUUAGGAACAUCUGGUAUGAUGACGAAAGUAAAUCAAUCGAUCAGAAUAUGAGACUUGGUGACACACUUCAUCACGCUUCACUGACGCGAAAACGAAAAUCUGCCGAUUCCUGUGAAGAGAAUGAUCGAGACGAUGUCGAUCUAAAAGACACCGCGAAACUUGCAAUUACCUUUAAAUUACCCAAAGGUGAGGCGCGUCUUGGAGUUAAGUUUGGAAUGGAUGAAGAUAAAAAUACUUCUCUAAGCAUUGCUGGUAACGCUGCAAAAAAAGUCUCAUUGACUACUACAGCAAAAUAA